AUGCAAGACUCCAAGACCCCCCUCCUCACCUCCCCCCAAACCUCCUGGAAACAGUGUCUGGAAAUCUUCGGUGCCUACCACUAUGUGAUAACCUUCCUCUUCAUGGGGCCAUUCUUCACCUUGCUCGGCAUCUUCCUUCUCUUCACACCGCUCUGGUCGCUAUCUGUGCUCUAUGGAAUCUGGAUGAUCAUCGACUGGGACACACCCCACCAAGGUUGUCGGAGCUCCCAAUGGAUUAGGAGUCUUUUCUUUUGGGACUACGGCAGGGAUUAUUACCCCAUCAAGCUGGUCAAGACAGCCGAGCUGCCCCCUGACCGGAACUAUGUGCUGGGCGCGCACCCUCAUGGUAUCAUGUGCAUGGGACCUACCGGCAGCUUCCUCACUGGGAAAGGCUCAUACAAGGUGUUCCCGGGACUGAGCUUGAAGUUAGGCACCCUGACCUUCCUCUUCAACCUGCCAGUCUAUCGGGAUUACCUGAUGACCCUAGGCCUGUGCCCCGUGAGUCACCAGAGCCUGGAUUUCCUGCUGUCAAGUCGCCCCUUGGGGCAGGCCGUGAUCAUCAUGGUGGGGGGCGCCCAGGAGGCUUUGCACACCACGCCGGGGACGCACCGUGUGAUACUGCGCAACCGCAAAGGAUUCGUGCGCCUGGCGCUGAGGCAUGGGGCCUCCCUGGUGCCUGUGUACUCUUUCGGGGAGAACGAUGUCUUCAGGGUCAAGAGGUUCGAGGAGGGCACCUGGCAGUAUGUGGUACAGCUCGCCUUCAAGAAGAUUUCAGGCUUCUCCCCAUGCAUCUUCUGGGGGCGCAGCCUCUUCUCCCCGAAUUCGUGGGGGCUGCUGCCCCUACGAGUGCCCGUCACCACUGUGGUGGGCCGCCCCAUCCCAGUGCCCCAGGUGCUCCAGCCCUCCGAGGACCAGGUGAACCACUACCACCAGCUCUACAUGCGCGAGCUGCAACAGCUGUUCGAGGAUCACAAGGCCAGCUGCGGGGUGCCUGCCUCUGUUCAGCUUACUUUUAGCUAG